AUGUCAAGCCAGUCAGGCGGUAUCACAGUCCAACAUAACCCCUCCCCAACAAACUAUCGCCUCAUCGAACUCCCUCCGGACCUAUUAUCUCUUCUCGAAUCCGACGAUGCACCCGUAUUGACCAUGGAGUCCUCUGAUACAUCAGCUGUUAUCAAAACGCCUACAAAGACAUAUGCUCUUCGUCAGAAGAACACUUCGAAUGCUCUCAUGCUCCUCUCACCUACGCCUCUGCCUGCAUCGUCGGGUGGACCUGUUGAGCAGGGCAUCUCUAUCAUUUCGACCAUCAAGGAAACUGUCGAGCUUGAUACUGUUCCUGACGUGCCUUCUGCUGGUACUGCGAAAGGACUUGGUGGUGGCAAAGGGAAGUGGCAUGAGCGAUUCGGGAGAAACAGGUAG